CCGACGCACGUUGUCCUCAAAGUGUUGUGGUUGGCCUCCAGAAACGCUGUAGCCUGUGCGUGGCCUGUUUAUGUUGGGAGAGGACAGACGGAAGUAGCCCAAGAUGCAGGCUGGAGCUUUAUUUUUCCUGGUGGUCUCCCUCAGUACAUGUACCCCAAAGGUACUUGGCUACGCUCCACCGCCCCCAGCUAUCGCACCAAUUGACAAUCUGAACGCUGCCUCCGGACCGAGACAGGGCGCGAUCACGGUCACUGAAACCACCACUGUCGAUCGUUCCGUCGUUCUCACGGAUCGAGCAUUCAACAUUGUUCCCGUUACCAUCACCGACUACGCUCUCUGGACAUCCACACUCCCCAGACAAGUCGUUGUGCGAACUUCCGUGAAUGAUGACGUGGCCAUCCAGACUAGAUUGGUGGAAAAACCCUUGACAAUAACCGUCGUUGAUACAGUGUCCAACUACAGAAUCGUGACCGACGUCUUGGUCGAGUUCUACACCAUCACGCACACCUGCUAUCACAUCAUGCAGUCGACCUACACCAUGACAGCUAGGCAGACACUUGCCUUCUCCGCGGAAGUGGUGAGAACUUCCAUCAGGACAAACACGCAUACGGUGACAGACUACCGUACAGUCUACAAUACCGUUUUCGUAGGAGGGAGAUAUCGUUAUUAAAUAAAGUUAUAAGGAAUAUUUUUCA